GCAAGUUCCACCCAAUAGCCUACUUUUCACAAAGAGCAACAAAAUUAGAGGCAAGAUAUGAAAGCUUCAAAUUGGAAACUUUAGCUGUAGUCUACUCAUUACGAAAAUUUAGAAUAUACCUAGAAGGAAUUCCAUUUAAUAUAGUGACAGAUUGUAAUGCAGUAGUAUUAUGUCUAGGAAAAGGACGCCUUAAUUCAAGUAUUGCCAGAUGGGCUUUAGAGUUGGCCAAUUAUAAUUAUACCCUUAAGCAUCGUAGUGGAAAAUAUAUGACACAUGUUGAUACAUUGAGUAGAUACCCUUCAGCCUUAAAUGAGAAUUUUGAGUAUGAACCUGUAGUGAAUAUUCAGGAAAGAGACAACAAAGAUCAAAUAGUUUCAGUAAUUGACAGUGACGACAUUAAUCUUCAGCUUCAGAUAACGCAAAAUAGGGAUAGUAUUAUAGUAAAAUUGAAAGAACAAUUAGAACUUGGAAUUGUGAAGAACUUUAUAUUGAAUGACGGAAUUGUUUAUCGAUUAGGUGAGAAUGAUAUUGAACUGUUAUAUGUACCAGCUGAAAUGGAAUCCCAUAUAAUUAGAAGAGUUCAUGAAAAUUUAUGCCAUUUAGGUACAGAGAAAUGUUUAAAGGAAAUAAUGAGACAUUAUUGGUUUCCGAACAUGAAAUCUAAAAUAGAAGCAUUUAUUGGAAAUUGUUUAAACUGUAUCAUGUUUACGGUACCCACACAUGCGAAUAAUCGAACACUACAUAAUAUACCCAAGCGACCAAUUCCUUUUGAUACAUUACAUAUAGAUCAUUUUGGACCAUUGCCCUCAGUCAUAUCGAAAAAGAAACAUUUGUUAGUAAUUAUUGAUGGAUUUACCAAAUUCGUUAAAUUGUUUCCGGUAAAUUCAACGAGUACGAAAGAAUUACCCUCAGUGUUGUUAUUUGGAGUUCAGCAGAGAGGUUGUAAUAUUGACGCAUUAACAGAAUACUUAGAUGAUAGAAAUGAUAUACCACAGUGUGAUUUAGUAAAUGUCCGCAAAAACUCUUCAGAUAAAAUUGAACAGUGUCAGAAAAGAAGCAAGGAAUAUUUUCAGAAGAAUCACAAAAAUCAUGUAGAAUUCGCAGAAGGCGAUUUUGUUGUAAUGCGAAACAUUGACACCACAAUUGGUACAAAUAAAAAAUUUGUGCCAAAGUACAAAGGACCAUACAUCGUUAAAAAAGUUUUGCCAAACGAUAGGUAUGUUGUAAGUGAUAUUGAAAAUUGUCAAAUUAGCCAAAUUCCCUAUGAUGGAAUUGUAGAAGCAUGUCGGUUGCGGAAAUGGGCAGAUUGGCGUAAUCAGUGUGAAAGUAACUCCUAAAAUGUUAGUCUAAUACUUAUGUCUAAUUUAUUUAUAACUAACCAACUUUGUGCACAUAUAUAUCAUAACUAUUCUAAUUAGCUUAUACGUACAGAUACAAAACUAGAAACUCACGAUCGAGGACGAUCUAAUUGUCAGGAUGGCCGAGCUGUUAGCAGUAUAUUAGAGAGGUUCAUAGAAUAAGCUGUAUGCCGAUGACUAUUUAGUAUUAAUAUCAUUUACAUGCUAACUUCCGCAUUUAUGUACCAAUUCCGAUAUUCCGAUUCAAUGUAAAACUAAGUUAAGCUAAUAUAUGACGAUAAGGAUAUUGUAAAGAUCGGAGAACGGUCACACUGCGAUAUAAGAGAGACUAGCGAGCACAUGUGUAAAUUUAAGCCAAUAUAGAAAA